AAAGAAAUGAGUAUCUCCAUUUACUGGAGCAAAAAACCCAACAAGAUCAAAUUUUACAGUUGGUUCGUGCAGAUAGUCGUUAUUUGGAACUGUUUGCCGAUAAUAAAAUCCAAAUUUAUGCUGGUCAGGCUCGGUUUUUAUUAACCCAACCUAAGCCCGGGGCCGUAAUUGAUAAGGUUUAUUAUGAGUUAAUUGUAGAGGAUCGCUUCCUAGAAGCUUUAGAUAGCCCAACUCAAUUAGCCGAAAUGACUACUCAAUUAAAAGCCAAUAUCGCUGAGAAAAUAACUGAUGACGUUAAUGAAAAAAUAGAAGAACUUUGA